GGGUCCCUCCUAUUGAAGAUGGCUCCCAGUGUGUGUGGUGUGUCUCUGGCUGUGGUGGUGGUGUUAGUGGCCCUGGUGUCUCCUGGUGGUGCCUGCCCUCGGCCCUGCUCCUGCUACCAGCCCACUGAACUACACUGCACCUUCAGGUCCCUGCUCACCAUACCACAGCUUCUACCGCAACAUACACUACACAUCAACCUAGGGUUCAACAGUAUCAGCAGGAUCCCAGACAGCUCAUUAGCUGGUCUGAGGAGGCUGGAGCAGCUGAUGCUUCAUGGGAAUGACAUCCGUGAGAUUCCUGACCGAGCGUUCCAAGAUCUGUCCUCACUUCAGGUCCUGAAGCUAAGUUAUAACAAGCUGAGGGAGAUCUCAGCAGAGAGCUUCUCAGGCCUGUCCUCACUACUGCGCCUCCACCUGGAUCACAACCAGCUGCAGUUCCUGCACCCCCAGGCCCUGCUCCGCCUCCCCAACCUCAGACUGAUCCGACUGCAGGGGAACCAGCUCCACCAGCUGCACCCGCAGGCCUUCUGCACUCUGUCCCUACUGCAGACAUUCUGCUACUCCACCCUCAGGCAUCUGGAUGUGUCCAACAACAGUCUAACUAUCCUGCCUAGGGACACACUGAGGACUGCCCCUCUUCUGGAGUCCCUGGCUCUGCAGGCCAACCCUUGGACCUGCGAUUGCAGCAUGGCUUGGAUGCAGGCCUGGAGCAUCUCUCACCCAGGGGUGUUGAAAUGUCCGGGGCCGCAUUGCCUGGUCUGUGCCUCACCCAAACACAUGAAGGGUCAUGGCCUUUUGCAGCAGAAAGACCUAUCCUGCACCUCGCCUGUCAUCUCCACCAAUCCCAGAACCUCAUCUCAGGAGGAUGGCGAAGUUCAACCAAUAGAAACCUUUAGAGAGGCUUUAGGCAACGCCUCCCUGGGGAUGUCUGACCAACAGGGGAAUGCUGUUGAUCUGAAGUGUAACAUCACACACUCCUCACAGACACCACACCCUUCCUCCUCCUCCAUCCCCAUCUCCCUCUCCCUGGACUGUGGGGUAGAUGGGCAUGGCUAUGAGAGGCUGUGGAGGCUGCUGGCCUACUACAGUGAGACGCCUGUCAGGCUUCAAAGAGAAAUCAUGUUGAGUAAAGCCCCAAGACUUGCCUACAGGUACAGACAGACAGCAGAGAAGGAGGGCUACUACCAUACAGGGGUCAGGGCCAGUAUUCAAGCCCAGCCUGCCUGGUUACUGCAGCCCCAUGUCAGUCUAGAGCUCAACAGAGCUCAGUCCAGCGCCCACAGGGUUAAACUGACCCUGUCCACCCUGGUGUCUGCUCCCCCAGAUCCCCCAUCCCCACAUUCCUGGGUCCUCAUCCAGACCAACCACACCCACACAGCUUUUACUGCAGCUGCAGAGAGACAGAUCCACCUGCCCUGCCCUGUCCUCAGCUCUAUUGGAGACCUAAGCUCUGGAGACCACAGGCUCCAAUGGGUUUUCCCAGAUGGUUCAACAGUCUCCUCUCCCUACCGCAGCUCAGAUGGUAGGGUCCGGGUGUCUGGCCAGGGGCUGGUCCUGCAGAGAGUGUAUCACUCUGAUGCUGGACUGUAUUAUUGCGUGGCCCGGGCGGGGGGAGAUGUUGAUGUCCUCCCCCUCCGUCUGGCGGUGGUAGAAUCAUCCAAUCCUUUCCCAGGGGAGGAGCUAGGCCCGGCUGUGACUGGAUUGGUUGGAGACCCUGUCAGUCUGCCGUGCGAGGCCUCUGGUACACCGAGGGUUGAGGUGAACUGGGUUCUUCCUGGCGGGAGAGUGGUAGGGAGUAGGAACGAGGGGAGGAGAAAGGACGAGGCAGGGGUUACUGUCUUGGCCAACGGUACCCUGUCUCUCCCCAUCCCUGCGCUGGGAGAUGCAGGCCUGUACCGGUGUGUAGCGGUGAACCAGUACGGUGCUGACUCUCUCUCCACCAGACUGACGCUCACCCCGCGUCCUUCUGACACCUCAUCACGUAUGAGAUAUCCCAUGAGGCCACAAUCUGCGGCAGGGGUGUCCAACAGGGUACGAGCCCCUCUAGGGGGUGAGGAGAUUGAAGAGGGGGGGUCUGGAGAUGAUGAGGGGGAGAACAUACUGCCCACUAGGGCAGGUUACAACAGGACAUGGCGUCCCCCCAUCAGAUCCCACAUGGUGAGGGUGGAGGGAAGCAGACCACCCCAAAAGGGCAAGAAGCCCUUGAGGAGAGGCUUCCCUGUGGAGCAGAGGAGGAACAGGUUGGAGGGUCGGCGGAGCUUUAACCUGGCCAAGCACAAAAUAGACCCUCAGAAAUGGGCCGACCUGCUGACUAAGAUACGUGAAAGGACUGCCCCUAAAAUCACAGACUCCCUGUAUGUACCACCCCCAACAAGAGCACAUACUACCACCUCAGCCCCAACUGAAGCACAGACAACCACCUCAACCCCAACUGAAGCACAGACAACCACCUCAGCCCCAACUGAAGCACAGACAACCACCUCAACCCCAACUGAAGCACAGACAACCACCUCAACCCCAACUGAAGCACAGACAACCACCUCAACCCCAACUGAAGCACAGACAACCACCUCAACCCCAACUGAAGCACAGACAACCAUCUCAGCCCCAACUGAAGCACAGACAACCACCUCAACCCCAACUGAAGCACAGACAACCACCUCAACCCCAACUGAAGCACAGACAACCACCUCAGCCCCAACUGAAGCACAGACAACCACCUCAGCCCCAACUGAAGCACAGACAACCACCUCAAUCCCAACUAGAGCACAGUCAACCAGAAUACAGACAAAUAGCAGACAUACAGAAAGCAAUCACACAACCAGAACAAAUCCAAGCAGCACACAGCCAGAAAGUACACAGCCAGACAGCAGACAUAAAACCAGAAGAAAGCCAGGCAGCACACAGCCAGACAUAAUACAGACAGAGAGAAUACAGACAACUAAAACACAGACAACCAGAGUACAUACAGACACGACAUUACCAAACAGCACACCAGAGGUAAGCGUGGGAAGAAACUCUGAUCAACGUCUUGUAUUGGACUCAGGGGCUGAUACCUCAAAGAGUUCUUCCAUAGAUGUCCUCAGUCUACAGGAAGAGUGGUUAAACCUCACCCAUACAUCACUAAUCCCAGAUCUGCUAACAAAGGAUAGAGUGGCCCCAGAGACACCAAACACUUCAGAUCCGAGCAAUAUCUUCCCCCAGAAACCUAAGUCAAACACAGACACAGAGACAGAGGGUUCUCUUAAAAGCACAAAGCCAAACUCCAAUGUCAAUUACACUAGCGCAGAGGAAAGGAGACAGAGUGUUAUCCCUGUAAGGACUACAGGUGAGGGGGAGAGGACUGGAACAACAAACUCUGGAAAGGUAAUGUUCUCCAACUCUGUUCCGUCGCGACCCAGAAGCCCCUGGAAUGCCAGCAAUAGGCCUGGCCAGAGGAGACGCAUCAACAGACUCAGAGGACGACCCAUGCCCCCAGGUCCAACCUCCCCUCUCCAGAAUAACUUAAAUCCCACUACCACCAGAGCAGCACUUACAAAGCCCAGGAAACUGACAGCACCUGCUACAACCAUUACUAUAAGCACUACUACUACUACUACUACUACUACUACUCCAUCCUUAACUAGGAUCACUGCUCCAUCAAGCACAUCUGUCUCCCCCCCUGUCUUCCUUUCUGCCUCGCCCCCUUCGCCCCAGACAUACACAGACAGGGUGACUCACUUAACAAACACUGCUGCUCGGCUCCCUGACUGGUCCCAAGCGACUAUCACACACACACGCACACACACUAGCAUACACACAGGCAAACAUACACCCACAGUCACUCACAGUCACACAGAAAAACAGAGUUAUGCUAAAACAGACGGUCAGGUCGGGGCCACUCUAAAAGAACAGGAUCCAUCUGUCUUCAACCAACACAACCCAGAGGAUGUCAAAGCAACUACCACUCGGUCUGGAACCACACCAGGUGGAACAACACCUACUGGUACUGAGAAAGAACCAAGUGAGAUAGAAUCCAGUGAGAUAGAACCACUCUACCCAGAAAGCAAGGAAGAACUCAGUGAGAUAGGACCACCAGCAACUGAAAAAGAACCCAGUGAGAUAGAACCACCAGCAACUGAUGAAGAAGAACCCAGUGAGAUAGAUCCACCAGCCACUGAAAAAGAACCCAGUGAGAUAGAACCAUCAGCAACUGAUCAAGCACCCAGUGAGAUAGAAGCACCAGCAACUGAUGAAGAAGAACCCAGUGAGAUAGAACCACCAGCAACUGAUGAAGAACUCAGUGAGAUAGAACCACCAGCAACUGAUGAAGAACCCAGUAAGAUAGAACCACUUUACCCAAUCACCGAAGAAGAACCCAAUAAGAUAAAACCAGUCUAUCUAGCACCUGAUGAACCAGAGGAGAGACAGCCAGAGUCAGAAAUAGACAGCUCUUUUUCAUCUACAAAACAACUACUGCCCCCAACUACAGCUAAUACAGCAGCUAUCACUGCUUCAGCCAUCACCUCCUCUACAGUCAUCACCUUUAUUAGAAGAACUACCACUAUAACUAUUCCUACAACUACUAUCACUAUUCCUACAACUACUACCACCAUACCUACAACUACUACCACUAUACCUACAACUACUACCACUAUUCCCACAACUACUACCACUAUGCCUACAACUACUACCACUAUUCCUACAACUACUACUACUAUACCUACAACUACUACCACUAUACCUACAACUACUACUACUAUACCUUCAACUACUACCACUAUACCUACAACUACUACUACUAUUCCUACAACUACUACUACUAUUCCCACUACUACUACUACUAUUCCCACUACUACUACCACUCUUACUAGUACAAUAUUCUGGAGGAACCCAGGAGUAAACUCCAUCCCAGACUCACAUGGUAGUCGCUACCGCCCCCCAUCUUACCCCACCUACUCACAACACUCCAGCAGGCGGCACCCCUAUGUCAUCACUAGGCCUGACCCAGUAAGAACUCCACUUCAAACGCCACCCCCUAUAAAACACACACCCUCUCUACCACACCCUAUCAAGCCCAAACUUCUUCUCCCAGACAUUUUAGAGAUCCCUUCCUCUGUAGUCCCCACCACCAGAGCUCCCUUCAGCUCCCCAAAGACCUCCCCACCCACCACAGACAGUCAGGCUGGACUCAACCCUGAGUCCACCCUUCCUCAUUCCCCUCCCGCGUCUCCAGCCCAUAGUGUGACUGCCCAACGCCCCCCUCAGACCUCCGUCUUGCGUGUCCGGCCCCGUAUUGCUCCCCCUCACAUGCGCCCCAUGUCUGUCCCAGCUGAGAUUGAUGCCCUCCUGCCUUGUGAGGCCAUUGGACAGCCUCCUCCAACAAUCACCUGGACCAAGGUCUCCACAGGAGCUGUGAUGUCACUGGACUACAAGGCAGAGCGUUUCCAGGUCCUACCCAACGGAACCUUUCUCAUCCGGAGCGUGCAGGUCCAGGACCGGGGGACAUAUAUCUGCAGCGCACAGAACUCUGUGGGCCUGGACCGUGCCAUGGUGACCCUGGAGGUCUGGUCCCACCCACCCCGGAUUCAGCUACCCAACCACAGAGAUGCAACGGUGCACCAGGGGGGUGAGGUGAGGUUAGAGUGUCGGGCUCAGGGGGUGCCGGUUCCUCUGCUGUCCUGGGUGCUACCUGACCUCUCCGUCCUAACCCCUGACCCUAACCCCAACCCUGCCCUUGGAACUCACCCCCGGGUGUCUAUAUUCCCUAAUGGUACUCUGCGUAUCUUGGUGGCCGGCCCAGCAGACAGAGGACUGUAUCGCUGUGUAGCCUCCAACCUAGCAGGGGCUGGCAGUCUGUCAGUCCGACUCCAUGUGUCCUCUCUUCCUCCAGCCAUCCAGGAGCCCAGAGAGGAGAAGGUAACCCGGCCCGCUGGUUUGCCUCUCUACGUCCAAUGCUCUGCCCGGGGAGCUCCCCCUCCCUCCAUCCGCUGGAGGACACCUGACGGCACCUUUCUGCUCCCCUCUCAAUUCCUCAACGGGAACCUGUUUGUCCUCCCCAAUGCCACCUUGUUGAUACGCAAGCUAGCCACUAAGGACUCUGGGAGCUACGAGUGCCUGGCGACUAAUGCGGUGGGCGGGGAUAAGAGGACGGUGAGGGUGGAGGUGACUGGAGAUGGAAGAGAAGUUGUCUCCAUGGAUAAAAUGACCUUCUCUUCCAUCAACAGUAAAUUUGAUCUCCCCCCCUCCUCCCCCGUCCUUAACCCUCCCCUCCCACCCUCCUCCCCCCUCAGUAAGGCUAGGAUCCUCUCCACCUCUCCAUCCAGUUCUAUAGUCAUAUAUGGUGAAUCUCUGCUCCUUUACUGUUCAGCAACCGGCAACCCAGAGCCUAGAGUGGUCUGGAGGGUACCUGGCAAGAAACUAGUGGAUGCCCGUUACAGUUUUGACAAGAGGAUAAAGGUGCACAGUAAUGGAACGCUGUAUAUCCAGUCCGUGACGGAGAAAGACGGGGGGGACUAUUUAUGUGUCGCGCGAAAUAAGAUGGCUGACGACUUCCGCCUCCUCCAGGUCACCGUGGCAACAAAGCCUGCUAAGAUUGAGCCAAAGCAGCCAUCAAAUCAGAAGGUGGUAUCGUAUGGAGCAGCUCUAAAGGUAGACUGUCUGGCGACCGGCCAGCCCAACCCCGCGGUAAGAUGGAGCCUCCCGGAUGGAACCUCAGUGAAAAGUGUCCUGUUGCAGUUGGAAGAGAGUGGGAGGCGCAGCCGGCGACUGGUGGUUUUUGACAAUGGAACACUGUUCCUCCCCUCGGUGGGGAUGGGGGAGGAGGGGGAGUAUGUUUGCCACGCUGAGAACCAUGGGGGGACGGACACUAUGAGUGUGAUGGUCAAAGUCCUCGCCUCACCUCCCUCCUUCCCCAGUACCAAAUAUGAGGUUAUCAAGGUGCAACAGGGGGGCGCAGUGGCUCUGAACUGUGGGGCUAAAGGAGAGCCUGUCCCUACGAUCACAUGGCUCUCUCCAAUGAAUCGUGUCCUCCCAGUGGAAGCAUCAGGUCCGGUUGUGGUGCAGCAAGACGGGUCCUUGGUGAUCCAGGGGGCUAGAGGGGCUGACGGAGGAAACUACACCUGCCGAGCCAGCAAUGCUGCUGGGGAGAGGAGCAAGGUGAUGGGGGUGGAGGUGAUGGUGACACCACCCAGCUUCACUCUCAAUGGGGCUGGGGGUGGGAUCAAUGGGGCAGACAGACAGAUAGCUGUUGUUAGUGGUAGUGGACUGAGUGCUGUGAUCUCCAUCAGUCAGUCUGCAGGGAGGGAUCAUAGGGUCAGUGCAGGUAAUUGUGUCAGUAAUAAUGGAGACUGUAAAGUAGGGGACCAAAGGGUCUCAGCAGUUAGAGGCCAGACAGUUCUUCUGCCAUGUCCAUCCCAGGGCUUCCCUCUCCCCCGCCUGGCCUGGUUGCUGCCCAGUAACGGGGUUCUCCCUGUGCCCUACUAUGGCAGCAGACUCACCGUGCACCGCAAUGGAACCCUGGAGCUGAGGGGGGUGAGGGCAAGCGACUCCGGCAUGCUGGUGUGUGUCAAUCGUGGCGAGAGGGGUGAGGCUCGGAUAAUGGUACACCUGGAGGUCUCAGACACAAAGGACACACCUCACUCCAGAGGCCCAGUGACCACCGAGAAACGUUUCCCAGUAGACCCAGUUAGCAAAGAGCAACCUCGCCCAGUAGGCCCAGAACAAUCUCAUCCAGUAGUCCCAGUCAGCAGAGAGAAACUUCUCUCAGGAGGCCCAGACAGAGAGGACACACCUCGCCCCAGAGGCCCAGUGACCACAGAGAAAUCUCGCCAGGAGACACCUCGCCCUACAAGCCCAGUCACCAAUGAGAAACCUCACUUAGGAGGCCCAGUCAGCACAGAGAACCCUCUGCCAGGAGUCCCAGUCCAAGGGGGCACACCUCACCCAAGAGGCCCAGUGCCAGAGGCAGGGAGGAGUGUUGUCCUGGAAAGGAAGCCUGUGGUCACCAGCAUAUCAGGCUCUCUGGUCAGCAUCAUCAACGGAGACAAUCUACAGCUACCCUGCCCCCAGACAGACAGCCCCAGUCAGGGUUCCAGCCAGACAGAGUCUCUGACCUGGAAGUUGCCAAGCGGGGUGGUCGUGUCUCGGGGCCAGGCGGCAGGGACGGGUCGGUACUCAGUCCUGGAUGACGGGACUCUGACGGUGCAGCAGGUAUCUGUGUUUGACAGGGGGACCUACUCCUGCCGAUCCACCAAUCAGGACACAUCAUCUAUCCUGACAGUUCCAGUGAUUGUCAUUGCCUACCCCCCUCGCAUCACCAACGGACCCCCUCCCCUCACCUACACCCGUCCUGGUGUUGCCGUUCAGCUAACCUGCUACGUCAUAGCAACCCCCAGAGCGACCAUCACCUGGGAGAUGCCGGACCAAUCCCAGCUGAGGGUCACAGGUCAGGCCCGUCUCUAUGGCAACCGGUACCUGAGUCCUCAGGGUUCCCUGGUGAUCCAGAACCCGACUAGCAGAGACACAGGUUUCUACCGUUGUUCUGCACGGAACGUCAUCGGAACUGACACCAAGGCCUCUUAUCUACAUGUGAUCUAACAGAACACACACAUAAUUUUUGCCCAAAGAAACUGCAAAGUUCAGUGUAGAAGAUACUGUUCAACUAAAGACUGAGGUGUUGAUUAAAGAUUGUAAAUAGAGAUAAAAAACAAACACAUGCAUCUUACAGCCAGAGUGUGUUAAAGAUGUACAUGAAAUCAGCAGCUGAGAAGCACCAGCAUCCAUCAUCAAUAAAUAAAGUGUCAAUACAAACUAUACAAGGCUUUAAGAGCAUCAGCUCUCAAAACACGUCAUGCAAUACAACACAUUCAGUUCUGUAUCACGACCUGUAUGUUUAUGUCAACCUGCCCUAUUUAUCUUGUUGUAUAGUUGUGUACUGUUGAGCAGAGCAAAUGUUUGAUAGUGGUCACAGAACUGCUCCAGUGAUAGUUCUGUGGAGCCUCAGGAGUCUGCAGCUCUCUGUGUCUGCAGCUCUCUGUGUCUGCAGCUCUCUGUGUCUGCAGCUCUCUGUAUCUGCAGCUCUCUGUGUCUGCAUCUCUCUGUGUCUGCAGCUCUCUGUGUCUGCAUCUCUCUGUGUCUGCAUCUCUCUGUGUCUGCAGCUCUCUGUGUCUGCAGCUCUCUGUGUCUGCAGCUCUCUGUGUCUGCAGCUCUCCAACCCUGCAACCUCGACCACUCUUCCAGUCAUAGGCUAUACAUACGUCCCAGAUCAUGUCAAAUAAACACAACAGUUACCAAGUCUUUGAAGAUGGUAUUUGUAGUAAUUACAUAUGUUUCAUAUAGAGUAGGAUAGAUUUUUGUGUGGCUCCAGUGUUACAUUAAGUAUGUGUAAUAUCCAUGUGAAAGCUGAUAUCAUUCAUGUUUUCGUUUCAUUUAAAUUAUUUGUCUGUAAAGACUGUGAUGUAAAGUUGUUAUGUUGUGCCUCUUGUCAUAAAGAGAGAGAUGUACUGUAUAUCUAAUCUCUCAAUAGCCUUUUUAAGUUAUGCUUUAUUUUCAACUGCUUUAUUUGAUAAAUAAAAGAGAAGAGGAAUUCAGUCUGCU